AUGGUUCAAUCUGCUAUCCUAGGUUUUCCAAGAAUUGGUCCUAACAGAGAAUUGAAAAAAAUCACUGAAGCUUACUGGAAAGGUAAGACUACUGUUGAUGAAUUGUUCAAGGUCGGUAAGGAAAUCAGAAGUGCCAACUGGAAAUUGCAAAAAGAUGCUGGUGUUGAUAUCAUCCCAUCCAAUGAUUUCUCUUUCUACGACCAAGUCUUGGAUUUGUCCUUGUUGUUCAAUGUGAUCCCAGAACGUUAUGCCAAGUACGAUCUGCCAUCCAUCGACACUUUGUUCGCUAUGGGUAGAGGUUUGCAAAGAAAGGCCACUGAGACUGAAAAGGCUGUCGAUGUGACUGCUUUGGAAAUGGUGAAAUGGUUCGAUUCUAACUACCAUUACGUCAGACCAACUUUCUCUCACUCCACUCAAUUCAAAUUGAACGGUCAAAAGCCAGUCGAUGAGUUCUUGGAGGCUAAGCAAUUGGGUAUUCAAACUAGACCAGUCUUGUUGGGCCCAGUCUCUUACUUGUUCUUGGGUAAGGCUGACAAAGAUUCUUUGGACUUGGAACCUCUUUCUCUAUUGGAGAAGUUGUUGCCAUUGUACGUCGAGAUCUUGUCCAAGUUGAAGGAAGCUGGUGCUACUGAAGUUCAAUUGGACGAACCAAUCUUAGUUUUGGAUCUACCACAAGAAGUUCAAAGUGCUAUCAAGAAGGCCUACGAAUUCUUCGGCUCAAAGGCUGGCUCUUUGCCAAACAUUACCUUGGCUACUUACUUUGGUACCGUUGUUCCAAACUUGAACGCUUUGAAGAACUUGCCAAUUGCUGGUCUACAUUUCGAUUUCGUUAGAGCUCCACAACAAUUCGAUGACGUCUUGUCUAUCGUUGGUGCUAACCAAAAGUUGUCUGUCGGUGUCGUUGACGGUAGAAACAUCUGGAAGAACGAUUUCGCCAAGUCCUCCGAGCUGGUCAACAAGGCUAUCAAGAAGUUGGGUGCUGACAGAGUUGUUGUUGCCACUUCUUCUUCUUUGCUACACACUCCAGUUGAUUUGGAGAAUGAAGCCAAGUUGAACCCAGAGAUCAAGGACUGGUUCUCCUUUGCUACUCAAAAGGUCAAGGAAGUCGUUGUUGUUGCCAAGAACGUUUCCGGCCAAGAUGUCUCUGCUGAAUUGCAAGCUAAUGCUAAGUCUGUCGCCGCCAGAGCUUCUUCUAAGAUCACUAACAAUGAUACCGUUCAAAAGAGAGUUGCUGCUAUCGAUGACAACAUGGCUAAGCGUGCUGCUCCAUUUGACGCUAGAUUGGCUGAGCAAAAGAAGCGUUUCCACUUGCCAUUGUUCCCAACCACCACCAUUGGUUCUUUCCCACAAACCAAGGAUAUCAGAAUCAACAGAAACAAGUUCAACAAGGGUACCAUCACUGCUGAAGAAUACGAGAAAUUCAUCAACGCUGAAAUCGAAACCGUUAUCAGAUUCCAAGAAGAGAUCGGUUUGGACGUCUUGGUCCACGGUGAACCAGAAAGAAACGAUAUGGUUCAAUACUUUGGUGAACAAAUCGAUGGUUACACUUUCACCACCAACGGUUGGGUUCAAUCUUACGGUUCCAGAUACGUCAGACCACCUAUCAUUGUUGGUGACUUGUCUAGACCAAAGCCAAUGUCCGUCAAGGAAUCCGUCUACGCUCAAUCGAUCACCACUAAGCCAGUUAAGGGUAUGUUGACUGGUCCAGUUACCUGUUUGAGAUGGUCUUUCCCAAGAAACGACGUUGACCAAGAAACCCAAGCUUUGCAAUUGGCUUUGGCUCUAAGAGACGAAGUUAACGAUUUGGAAGCUGCCGGUAUCAGAGUCAUCCAAGUCGAUGAACCUGCUAUCAGAGAAGGUCUACCAUUGAGAGCCGGUGCUGAAAGAUCUGCCUACUUGAAGUGGGCCGCUGAAGCUUUCAGAGUCGCCACUUCUGGUGUUGCCAACGACACUCAGAUUCACUCUCACUUCUGUUACUCCGACUUGGAUCCAAACCACAUCAAGGCUUUGGACGCCGAUGUCGUCUCCAUUGAAUUCUCCAAGAAGGACGAUCCAAACUACAUUGCCGAAUUCAAGAGCUAUCCAAACCACAUUGGUCUUGGUCUAUUCGACAUUCACUCUCCAAGAGUUCCAUCCACUGAAGAGUUCAUUUCCAAGAUUCAAGCUAUCUUGAACUCCUACCCAGCUGAAAAGUUCUGGGUCAACCCUGACUGUGGUUUGAAGACUAGAGACUGGGAAGAAACUAAGUUGUCUUUGACUCAUAUGGUCGAAGCUGCUAAGCACUUCCGUGAACAAUACAAGAAAUAA